AUGGCUUCAAAUAGCGCUGGCACAUGCGAGCCCUGCGGCACCCCAACUUCCCGACGGUGCUCCAAAUGUAAUGAGGGUCUGGACGCUGAGGGCCUUUCAACAAACCCAACCUAUUACUGCGCCACUGACUGCCAGACGAACGACCGGCCAACGCAUCGAUCAAAUUGCCAAAGCGCAAACGCCCGCAAGCAGCUCUACCGCGGAGCUCAGUUCCUGCAAGACGUCUUCUGUGCCUUUCGCGAAGUGGCGUAUGACAUCAACAUCGCCGACAUCAAGGAAGUCGACGGCAAGCUACAUGUCUGCGUGUCGCUGAAAAACUUCACGGCUCCGACGUUCUUCCCUUUUCCGAACCACCUCGUACGCAACAAGGAUGACAAGAAAGCUAUCCUCACUCUUCUAUCCUGCACUGAUGCUCUGGCAACCAUGGCUGAGCUUGUGAGGAUGUGUUUUGACGGACUCUGCGAACCGACAAUGGGCAUCUCGGAAGUCGACGCCCCUGUCAGCACGGAGAAACAUCAUUACGCGCUCAGGCAAUUGGCCGACGAAAUCGAGGACAGUGAAAGUACUCAUUCGAUCAUGCAGAUCACGCUGAUUGAUGGCAGGAACUAUGUUCUGGACCUUGCAGGCGCCCAGUACGCCCAGUGGCGCCCGGUACGGCCGUGGGAUGAGUGGUCCAGUACUUACUGCCUUGGAGAAACGCACUACGCCUUGCUCGGAUCUGAGGCGAAGAGGCUUGAAGCCAUCAACUCCGGGACUAUUCCUCGUGGCCCGAACACCGACCAUCCACUUACCACCUUUGAAUUCCACGCUUCGAAGCUUUUUCUCAUCAUCGUGGAUGACUGGGAGAAAUCGAAUAACACAUCGCUGGUGGCUACACUCAAUAAAAAGCUUCCGGAAUACUAA